UCCAGUCCAGAUGGUGGCGGUAAUGCACCUCUAAGAUGGUUUGCCAACCGCCAAUAAACACCGAAGAAGAAGAAGAAGAAGAAGAAGAAGAAGAAGAAGUAGUAGUUCUUAUUGCAGUAAGUGCAGAAGCAGCUAUGGCUCUGAGUGUGGACGCUACAAUAGUGAUAAUAGGAUGCGGGAUAUCAGGUCUAGCAGCGGCUCACCGGCUCGUUAACACGGGAUUUCAUCACGUGAGGAUACUUGAAGCGACUGCAAGAAGCGGAGGAAGAAUAAAGACCGGCAGACUGGGUGAUAAUAUUGUUGAGAUAGGGGCAAACUGGAUCCAUGGACCGUCCGAGGAGAACCCAGUGUUUCGUCUGGCCCGUGAGUACGGGCUCCUGGAUCCAGAGGCCCUCACCCCAGAGAACCAGGCCAUGGACGUCGGAGGACAUCCCCCCUGGGUUCCCAAUGUCUUCAGCAGUUCAGGUCGGAAGCUAAAUCCUGAGGACUUCUCUCCUGCUCAGGAGAUGUUUGUUGAGCUGCUGGAGGAAUGUUCAGAGUUUGCGAGUGGAGGAGGAGAACCCUUUGCCUCUAUGGGAGAUUUCAUACGGUCAGAGGUUCAACAACGAGCAGCAGAGAAGUGGAAAGAUAUCGAUGCGACCACCAGAUCUCUGCGUCUGUGUUUGAUCAGUAACAUGUUGAAGGUGGAGUGCAGUGUUAAUGGGGCUCACAGCUUGGAUGAGGUGGGCCUGGGGGCCUUUGGCCUAUACAAGACUCUUCCUGGACUGGACUGUACAUUCCCAGGUGGGUACGAAGGUCUGAUCAAACACUUGAUGUCGGAGCUCCCCAGUGGUUUAGUGAGCUACAAUCAGCCUGUUCGCUGUGUCCACUGGAACAACACUGAGGAGAGAGAAAACCCGGUGAUGAUCGAGUGUGAUGAUGAGGAGAGAAUCGCUGCGGAUCAUGUUAUUGUCACAGUACCUUUAGGAUACCUAAAGAAGCACCAUUCAGCCUUGUUCCGUCCUCCUCUCCCUCUACACAAGCUGCACUCCGUCCAGAGACUAGGUUUUGGAACAAACAAUAAAAUACAAGUGGAGUUUGAUUCACCGUGGUGGGAUGCCGACUGUGAGGCUAUCUAUCUUGUGUGGGAAGAUGAGGAUGCCAUGGUGGACCAGGUGCCAGAUGUACAGAGGUCCUGGAUAAAGAAGUUAUUUGGCUUCACUGUGCUCAAACCCACUGAAAGGUAUGGGCAUGUUCUGUGUGGCUGGAUUGCUGGCCAUGAGUCAGAGUAUAUGGAGACACUUUCUGAACAAGAGGUCACACACGCUGUCACACAACUCAUCCGCAGAUUUACAGGAAACCCUACCAUCACCCCGAGGAGAGUCCUACGCUCCCAGUGGUUUCAUGACUCCUGGACAUGUGGAUCUUACAGUUACCCAGGAAUAGGCUGUUCACAUCAGGACCUGGACAACAUGAUGGAGCCCCUGCCUACGAAGGGAUCACAGUCACAACCCCUGCAGGUGUUGUUUGCUGGAGAGGCCACGCAUCACUGCUACUACUCCACCGUCCAUGGAGCUCUUCUCACUGGGUGGAGGGAAGCUGACAGACUCAUCGCUCACUACUCAACCAUCAGUCCAUCUGAACCGUCCAAGUCAAAGCUUUAAAAGAAUCAAAGCUGCUCUGACAAAAGAGAUUUAUCUUUAAACUAUAAUGUCAGAGUUGAUUGGGAGGAUUGUGUUAGAGCUGAUGUAUAUGUAAAGCAGCGUACAGGCCUGUGAAAUGUGAUACUGCUGACCUUAUGCUGUACAAGUGCCUUAAAAUUUAAAUGGACCUGGACAACAAGUGAUCGAUACAAUUAUGAAACUGUCAUUAAAGGACCAAUUUGUAGUAUUUGUUGCCAUGUAGCGGUGAGGUUGCAGAUUGCAACUACUGAACCUGCUCCCCUGCCCUAUGAAGCCAGUGUUUGGUUUGUCCGUUCUGUGCUACUGAAGACACUAGGGAUGUCCAUAAUUAACCGUUUAACGAACGUGAACUCGUCACUUUAAGGAGAGAAGCUGGUCCACCUUAACAGCCCACCUUA